AUGGAGAACAAACCGCAUACUGGCGACUCCAGCCCAGACUUCGAGCAUGUCGAAUCUGUACCCUCUGGCCAGCACAUCAAUGAUCCGUCUUAUGUCGACCACCGUGCAGACGAUGAUCGAGCAGACGAGGCCAAGGGUCGUAACUCGGACAAGAUUGACAAGAGCUACUGGCUUUCAAUCAACUUCAUUGGCACCAUGUUUGCGGUGGGAAUGGCGUUCAUGGGCGGAAUUGGAGGCUACGGUUUGAUCGCGCCAGUGCUCAGCCAAAUCAACGAGGAAAUAGGUCCAGAUCCUAAUAUCAAUUGGGUGCCGUUGGUGAACUUGGCUGGUGGUGCUAUCUUCUUCUUGAUGGUUGGCCAAUUGUCGGAUAUCUUUGGCAGGAGAUGGUUCUUUAUCAUCGGCUCCGUAAUCGCUUUGAUCGGCUCUAUUAUUGGCGCUACUGCUAAAGAUGUGAACACUCUCAUUGCAGCUGAGGUGUUUAUUGGAAUUGCAGUGGCCUUCCAGCAGUCAUUCUUCUGGGUUGUUGCUGAGCUCGUGCCGAUGAAAUGGAGAUAUAUGGCAAACUCCUACUGCUAUUUGAUGACUACGCCGACGAGCCCUUUGGCUGCAAGAGUAGCGUAUAGCUUUCAAACAUACCCUGGCAAAUGGCGGAAUAGCUUCUAUUUCCUCAUCGCCAUCAACGCCACGAGUGCGAUUUCCUGGUACCUGUUCUACCACCCACCGACUUUUAGCAUGCUGCACAGGAAGAAGCUCGCACGGGACUUGUUUGUUCACUUCGACUGGAUUGGUCUCAUCCUGUACAGCGGCGGCCUGUGCAUUUUGAUCUUCGGCUUGAAUUGGGGUGGUGUUCUCUACCCCUGGGACUCGCCUAAUGUCAUUGCUACCAUGGUCAUUGGAGGCGUCACGCUCUUCGGUCUCCUGCCAGCCUACGAAAUCUUCGUCUCCAAGAGAGGCAAGGAGCCGUACCUACCUCUGCACCUGUUCAAGAAUAUUCGGUUCCAGUCGGCUGCUUGGAAUACCGGGAUUGGCGCCUGUGUCUAUUAUGGUGGUGCCAUCGUCUUUCCCCAGGUCGUCACAACCCUCUACUAUGGAUGUGGCCUUAUCAGCGAGUACGACGUGGGAACGCUUGCGGGACUUAUCAACAUGUCCUUCGUCUUCGCGCAGAUGUGCCACGGCUUCGUCGUUUACAUCUUCGGCCCUAAAUGGUCCAUGAUCGGAUCGGCUAUCAUAGCAUGCGCACUCAUCACGGCCUGUGCGACCGACCUGGACAAUAAAUCCUUGACACUGGGCUUGAUUAUCCCCGGAUCUUUUUCCAUCGGUAUCGUAGAGUCAGUUUCCAUCACGACCUCGACCUUUCCACUUCGCUCGCAGGAGGAGAUAGGACAAGGCGGUGGACUCUCUGGGAGCACAAGGAACUUCACUUCUGCCGUCGCCGUCGCCGUCUUCACUGCAACCCUGGGCAACCGCCUCUUGUCGACUAUACCCGCGAAUGUAUAUCCAGUGGCGCGAAGCCUUGGUCUGCCAGAAGGCUCCUUCAUGGCACUCUCAAUGGCACUGCAAGGCAAGGGUUCUUACAGUGCUGUGCCUGGCUUGACUCCAGACAUCCAAGCCGCCGUUCAAGAGCCCUACCGAGUUGCCUUCAAACAAGCAGCACAAACGGUCUUCUUGGUCACUCUCGCUUUUACCGGUACAGCCAUCAUCUUGGCUCUAUUCACGACCGAAAACGAUAAGAGCACGGAACAUUACGUUGCGGGUAACGUUCACAAGAUGAAGGAUGAGAAGACGUUCGCGCAGACACAUGGACGUAAAGAUUCCGCCACGGAUGCGCAGGCAAUCGAGCAUACUGAGAAUAAGAUGGGCUAG